AUGCGUUUCUACGGGACUAUUCUCGCUUUCCUUGCAGCUACGCCAAUCAUCGUCGCUGCUGCUCCUAUCGACAACACAGCUGCCACUAUCAACGGUGGCACUGCCGCCGCUGCUGGCAUCAAGCGUGACGAUGCCACGGCUGCCACAAUUAACGGUGGCACUGCCGCCGCUGCUGGCAUCAAGCGUGACGAUGCCACGGCUGCCACUAUCAACGGUGGCACUGCCGCCGCUGCUGGCAUCAAGCGUGACGAUGCCACGGCUGCCACAAUUAACGGUGGCACUGCUGCUGCUGCUGGCAUCAAGCGUGAUGAAGCCACGGCUGCUACUAUCAACGGUGGCACUGCCGCCGCCGCAGGAAUCAAGCGUGACGAUGCCACGGCUGCUACUAUCAACGGUGGCACUGCCGCUGCUGCUGGCAUCAAGCGUGAUGAAGCCACGGCUGCUACUAUCAACGGUGGCACUGCCGCUGCUGCUGGCAUCAAGCGUGAUGAAGCCACGGCUGCUACUAUCAACGGUGGCACUGCCGCUGCCGCAGGAAUCAAGCGUGAUGAUGCUACCGCUGCCACAAUUAACGGUGGUACUGCCGCCGCUGCUGGCAUUUAA